AUGGCCCGAGGAAUGUUCUCAGGAAAGUUGCGCAGCCCACAAGCGACAGCUGGGAGCAUCUCAAACCCGGUCUUGAAAUAUACAGAUGCAUUACCCCGGACUGACCUGCGCGAUAUCGAGAAUGUUGCGAACACAUCUCGUCCUGCAAACCGCGCCGUUGCGCAGUGGGACUUUCAGCGGCCAAGAAUAGCAGAUACACGUAACUUGAUCAGAAAAGGAGCAGGCCCUACCCCCGGCUUCGAUUUUCGAGUUGCCGUCCCACCGGAUGAGGCGCUGCCUUCUCCCCAGACUUCUGAGCACGAUCCAAACGUGAACAUGAUCGGAAUCGCUCUAGGGAGUCCACGGAUGAUCGAGCCGCAGACUAUGCUUUCGCAAAUGGAAGAACGACCGCCAGUUCCGAGCACAAAAAGCCCCGAGCAAACGCCGCCUCUACAGCGCAAGCCGAGUAAGUGGAGAAAGAUUGGAGGCCUGUUCAAAGCGAAGAAUGCUAUGACGCCGGAUGCGAACCAGCCGUUUUAUCAAGUUCGCUGCGGAGAGGAGUGGCCUUUUCAGGAAUCCACUCAUUCUAUUGACUCUCAAAAUCAGGAGAAAGUGAAGCAUGCUCCCGAGGCACCUUCCCAUGCGGAAGUAUGGCCUUGCUUCGAGUCUGAGAAUGACUCUAAGGACAGCAACAACUCCAAUCAGUCGGCGACUGCAAUUCAGGACCUAACUCGGGAUAACCAGUUGGUCCCGGCUGCGAAACUCCGUUGUGCAGGACCAUUGUUGCAUGUGGACAUUCCCGACGUGCAGCUGGAGAGGUACAGCGUUAUGUUCGGCGGUCUGCUGAAUAAGAACGAACCCUCACUGCUGAACAGACGAAGCAAGACCUUGGACGACAUCACUAUUCCAACGCAGACAGAGACGUCAUCUCUCGCCUCGCCAGAUUUGCCUCUCCCUCAACGACGGGCAACUUCGCCGCGACCAAGACUUCCCAACUUCAAUUUGUUUCCAGCACAAGCGCCUGUGAGCAAGGCCUCGAAGGUCCUGGGUUCCCAGAAUAUACCACGGGGUGUCAGUCCGGUUCACCGCAGCCAGAACUCCCUCUCGCAAUCUGGCUCGGUGACUCCUACAAACGAACAGAGUCGCUUCGUUCUGAUGGUGCAUAGCCCAUCAGUCAAGUCACCCAUGUCGCAUCAGCCCAAAGACUCCGUCUCGUCUGCAAUCUCCUCUGACCCGAUCGAUCCCGCGGAGGAGCAGCGCCUCCUGGAACGGCUGAAGCAAACAAAAGCCUACGUUAACACCGAAGAAGAACCUGAAUGGGAGAUCAUCAGCAAGAACCUUGCCAAGGAGAUGCCGACCAGCACCUCGACCCCAAUCACAAACCUACACCCCGUCCCAAUCCCUGCUCCCAAGCAGAGAUUUCCUCUCGCCCUAACCAUCAACACCCAAGUCCCCCCCUCCGAAGCAGGCAGUGCGGACCCCGCCUCCGCCUCCGCCUCCGCCUCCGCCGCCUCCUCCCCGCUCCUCUCCCCCCUCAACUCCGCGACCCGCGAAAGAACCGAGCGGAUGAGAUCAGUGUCGCGAUCAAGCUCACGAUCUCCAGCCCCACAAUCCGCCAUCUCCCACGCCUCAUCUACACGCAUGCCCCUCAGCGACGAAAACGACAGCGAAGAAACCGACACCAUCGAGCGCAUCGACUCCAUCCCCAAGAUCGAGGUCUCCAUCGCGCGAUCUAUGUCUAUUUCGCGCGGCAAGAAGCAGAUUCUUGUCCCCAUCGGGCCGCGGCCAGAUCGACUGAGCCCGGACGAGCGGCUUGUCGUCCGUCGGGCGAAGACGCCGCAGGUGAGGGAUGCGCAUUACGGCCAUCGGCAUGGGAAUUCGCAGGACGCGCAGAUCGAGACUAUUUAA